AGAUUCUCGAAUCUCGAUCUACUCUUAAAUAUUAACCAACCUUCAUCUUCAUUCUCCUAAAUCCUUUUUUUUUUUAAUUGUCUUUCCUGAUCUCUCUCUCUCUCUCUUUCAUUCUCUUAAAAAAAAAAACAGUAUCCAUCAAGAACGAUAUGGAGCAGAAUGAGAGGUCAGCUAGUGAGAUUGCGGCGGCGAAGCAGAAGAACGUCGACGAUUGGUUACCGAUCACAUCUUCAAGAAACGCCAAGUGGUGGUACUCUGCUUUUCACAAUGUCACCGCCAUGGUUGGUGCUGGUGUUCUCAGCUUGCCCUACGCCAUGUCCAAUCUCGGAUGGGGACCAGGAGUGACGUUGAUGGUAAUGUCAUGGGUGAUAACAUUGUACACACUGUGGCAAAUGGUGGAGAUGCACGAGAUAGUACCAGGGAAGAGGCUUGAUAGAUAUCACGAGCUAGGCCAACACGCUUUUGGCGAGAAGCUCGGCCUUUGGAUCAUCGUCCCUCAACAGCUCAUCGUGGAGGUUGGCGUCGACAUUGUUUAUAUGGUCACCGGUGGCAAAUCCCUCCAGAAAGUCCAUCAACUUCUCUGCUCCGAUUGCAAAGAUAUCAGAACUACUUAUUGGAUCAUGAUCUUUGCUUCCAUCCACUUCGUUCUCUCUCACCUCCCCAAUUUCAACUCCAUCUCCAUCAUCUCUCUAGCCGCUGCUGUUAUGUCCUUAACUUACUCAACUAUCGCUUGGGCUGCAUCGGUGCACAAAGGUGUUCAUCGAGAUGUGGAAUACUCGUCUAGAGCCUCGACCACUCCUGGAAAUGUAUUCAACUUCUUGAAUGCGAUGGGAGAUGUGGCUUUUGCCUACGCAGGUCACAACGUUGUGUUGGAGAUUCAGGCCACGAUCCCUUCGACUCCGGAGAUGCCGUCCAAGAUUCCCAUGUGGAGAGGAGUUGUUGUGGCAUACAUCGUAGUCGCUAUUUGCUACUUCCCUGUAGCGUUUCUUGGCUACUGGAUCUUUGGAAACAGCGUUGACGACAACAUUCUCAUCACUUUGGAGAAGCCCGUCUGGCUUAUCGCCAUGGCUAACUUGUUUGUGGUCGUCCACGUCAUUGGAAGCUAUCAGAUCUUUGCAAUGCCGGUAUUUGACAUGAUGGAAACCUUUUUGGUCAAGAAGAUGAAGUUUGAUCCUUCUUUCAAACUCAGGUUCAUUGCUCGCAGCCUUUAUGUCGCUUUCACCAUGUUCGUUGCAAUAUGUGUCCCGUUUUUUGGUGGACUACUCGGCUUCUUUGGAGGAUUCGCCUUCGCCCCAACAACUUACUACCUUCCAUGCAUUAUUUGGCUCAUUCUCAAGAAACCAAAGAAGUUUGGUCUAUCUUGGACAAUCAACUGGUUCUGCAUUAUAGUAGGAGUUCUUUUGACGAUCCUAGCCCCCAUUGGUGGCCUCAGAACCAUCAUUGUCAAUGCCUCGACCUACAAGUUCUUUUCUUAGGUUUCUUCUUGUACCACAAUCUAAGCAAAAAAUAGGUUAAGAAAAUAAAUCACCCCGGCUGUCUGAUUUUCUAUGACUGUCCACUUUAUUACCUUUUAAGCUUGUAGUAUAGUUAAAGACUUCAGACUCGUAAUUUCUGUAGUUUUUCUGCUUUUAUAUUUAAACUCCAUGU